CUCCAGUGAAAUGGAAUGGGCACCAUAAGUCAGUGUGGUUUUUUGAUCGACAAGCGAACCCCGAAGCGACAAAAGUCAUUUCCAUAUGAACGCGUUAGCGAGCCUUUAGGCCCCCUUCGAUCGCUGCAUUGCGUCUCUCUGGUCUUUUUUUCUGUUUAUUUUUUAGUCCCUCAUUUCCAUCUGCACGAGAUAAUCCCACUAUUUCAGCCCUUUACUCAGUAGCACCAUCAUCAUCAUCAUGGUCGUCGUCAAGCGCUACGAAAAAACGGUCGCCGACCCCGAGGCCGCGUACCGCGCAGGGACCUUAAUCCGGGUGAAGUGGCCGCAUGUCGAUGGAACAGAUGGGUGGUAUACAGCCAUGCUCACAGCAGUCUCGGAGCGAGUAAAGCCUGUCAGGAAACGUAGGAAGCCGUCGCAUUAUCGCUACACGCUAAUGUGGGCCGACGGAAGCAAAUCUCUGGAAACGCGGCUGCUGCAUCUCAAGCACGAGACCCGCUUUAAGCCAAAAACACGCGACGGCGCGCGUGCGUUCAUUCAUUGCGGCAAUGCCAAAGUUGAGUUGCCUGUCGGUAUCUCUUACGACCAACGGAAAAACUCUACCUGCAAAAGCAAAGCCGUUCCCCGUUUGCGCGUCGCGCAGACUUUUGGAGUUUUGAGAGGCUGAUCUAGAGACCUCACAAUGUCUCUGGGACCGCAUCGAACGGGAAAACUCGCAGUUGAUGCGGCCAGUCGGAAAAGGCUCGGCAUCAUAUUGGAUCAUCUGCACGAGCAACGCCAGCGCCGGGACGACGAAAAUGCCACCAAAGCGGAUUUUCAGCUGGACGCCCCGACCUUCAAUGCUGCACAAGGCAGCGGAAAAAAGCGCAAAGGAGCUGGGGCUGCUCCGGAGGUCGAAAAACCAACAGCCUCGUCUGGAAUCGAGUCGGACGAUGACCUGGUCGUAGACGUGGGCAAGACACACCAGAAGAAGAUGUGAAAAAACCUACUUCGAAGCUUCCAUCCACUUCGAAGGUUUGUGCAAGAAAGUUGACAAAAGCGAAAAAUCAACUUGCCUCGUGGCAUGUAAUAAUUGAGUCAAGCCGCGAUCUCCUUCUCCGGUACACAUCAGAGUUCUUUUUUGUGUACUUACUUUCUAUGUAUACGACAAGCAACUUUGCAACGCUCAGAGAUGAAUGAAAUACA